ACGAAAAACUCACACAAAGUUCAUCGUUCGUCUUUUCGACUACGCAUUUUUAAAAAAUAAAUGCUUACAGAGAUCGUACGAAGCCAACCAACUGCAAACGUCAACAGCUCAACAGCGACUAAUAGAGCUGGGCGGAAUAUCGAUGUUAUAUCGAUGUAUCGAUGUUUCAAUUUGAAAAUGAAACAUCGAUGUUCGUAAACCGAUGUUCGAUGUUUUCGCAAAUUUUGUACCAUCACUUAGUAAUUGCACGUGGAACGAAAGUGGCUUUUGGUGUUGGCAGGCAGUGAUUGAAAUGGAGCGGUUUGUAGAAAGUUCUAGUGGCAAAGUUUCAAAGACGAGCUCAAAGGAGGUGGAAGAAGAAAACCCAGCAAAAAGAACAAGGUACGGUCAGUCAGCUGUAUGGCAAUUUUUUAACAAAUCAAAGGAUGGCAGUUCAGCUAAAUGCAUUCAGUGUGGAAAAACAUAUAUAACAUGUGGCAAUACCACUAAUUUGGCUGGACACCUGAAACGGAUGCAUGCAGGAUUAACUGUUAGCGAGCUUCCGAAAUCUUCAGGGUCUAUUUUGUCCUUCAUUGAAAAAAAAUACGAAGCAUCUUCCGCUAGGAAAAAGAGUCUUGAUAGCUCACUAAUGCACUAUAUAUGCUCCGACAUGCGACCGUUCUCAGUUGUUGAAAACAAAGGAUUUCGUAAUUUUGUCAGUACAUUGGAUCCUCGCUACGAGCUGCCUUCUCGUAACAAAUUGAGAAACACAUGCAUGCAAGACUUUUACACAAAUAUGAAAGACAAAUUACACUGUAUUCUGGACCGAGUGGACUAUUGCGCUAUAACAACAGAUUGCUGGACGUCACGGGCUAACGAAAGUUAUAUGACAGUCACUUGCCAUUUCAUCAAUGACAACUUUGAGCUAAAAGCAGCUGUUUUGUCAACCAAAAAUCUCAUUGACGAAACCAACCACACGUCGCAAAAUAUUGCAAAUUCUUUGCGCGAAGUCCUUGUGGAAUGGCAAGUUAUUGACAAAGUCAGCGCAAUUGUUACAGACAACGCGAGGAACGUUGUAAAAGCAUGUGAGAUUCUACAAAAGCGAAACGUGCCUUGCUUUGCUCAUUGCAUUAAUUUAAUUGUCCAAAGCUGUUUUCCCCUUGAAAAUAUUAAGACAAUUAUGGGAAAGUGCAAAAGCAUAGUUUCGUUUUUCAAGAGCAGCUCAAUAGCGUAUGCAAAAUUUAAGCAAGCCCAGGAACCAAUGAAGCCAUAUAGUCUAAAACAGGAGUGCCCUACAAGGUGGAAUAGUGCUUUCUACAUGAUUGAGCGCAUUUUGGCCACAAAGUCAGCUAUUGCUAAAGUCCUGUUAGAUACUCCGAAAGCAAUACUACCUCUAUCAGUUGAUGAGCUAUCUGUUCUGGAAGAUUUAAAGCAGGUUCUUUCACUAUUCGAGGAUGCGACGGUACAAACAUCAUCCAGCUCUAAUGUAACAGUUUCGCUAAUUAUACCAUUGGUUAGCGGACUUUUGCAUAAUUUGAGUGAAAUCAAAGAUCGACUAGAAACUGAUGAUGGCCGUAACGUAUGCAACUUGCUAAUGGAAGGCAUACGGCAAAGACUACUGCCAUAUGAAAAAAGAACUGUGACUCGUUUGUCGACAUUACUGGAUCCGCGUUUUAAAAAGGAGGGUUUUUUUUUCAAAUACAAACUCUAUAGAAGCCGAAAAAUUUUUAGAAAAUGAACUUUCGCCACUUUACAAAGAAAAUCACCCUCCAAAUAUAUCUAGCCUGCCAACACCACUAUGCGAUAAAACUCCACUUCUUAAUUUUUUGGAAAAAAACAAAACUCAAAAAAUUCGUAAUUCCCGAGUUGAUUCGAUUUUGACCCUUCGUCAAUACUUCAACAUGGAAAAUAUAAACUCUAGUUUAAACCCUUUAGACUACUGGAAGGUAAUUCAUGCUAUAUAAAAUCUAGCAUUAUAAUUAAUACUAAACUUUUUUCAGAUCUCGACUGAUGAGCCAUUGAAGAUGAGCUCAAAAAAAUAUCUCUGCGUACCGGCUACGUCAACUGAAAGUGAGCGUAUGUUCAGCAAAGCAGGUUUAAUAGUGAGUGAAAAACGAAGUUCACUAAAGCCAAAAAAUGUGGAUAUGCUGGUUUUCCUAAAUAAAAAUGAAUGGAUCUCAAACAACUGAUAAGUUGAGUCAUUAUAUUUUCAUAAUUUAAUUUGUUUGAAAAACUCACAAAACUGUUAUGUUAAGUUAUCAUUAUAUUUUGGAUAUUUCAUUUGUUUUUAAAAGCUUUAAAUAGUGUUAAGUUAAGUAAUAAUA